AUGUCGUCGGCAAACGCUUUCACGUUCCUUCCACUAGGGGCCAUCAUCCAGGAGUUCCGUGUGAACGGCACCAAUAUUGUUCAGGGGUUUAAAACCGCUGAGCAGUAUAAGCAAUAUAACGGUCCGUACUUCGGCGAAACCAUUGGACGCAUCGCCAACCGAGUUGCAAAGGGCAAGAUCAACGAUUUGAACGGGCAGUCAUAUCAACUCCCCGUAAACAACGGUCCUAAUUCCCUACACGGCGGUGAGCAGGGAUGGGGAAAGCACGAGUUUGAAGGCCCGGUGAAAGUCGAGCGCAAUGACCAGGACGCUAUUCUGUUCAAAUUUCUGAGUAAGGAUGGCGAAGAAGGCUAUCCCGGCACUGUGCAGGUCAGCGUCUGGUAUGUACAAAAGAAGGAGCAAGUCGACGGCGCUCAACAGGAGGUUUUGUACAUCGAGUACGAGGCCGAACUGGUCGGUGACGAAGUUGAGGAAACAGCCAUCAACAUGACCAACCACAGCUAUUUCAACUUGACGGGAAAACCGUCCAUCGCCGGCACCGAGGUUACGCUGAUCACAAACAAGUAUCAGGUCGUCGACGACGGCGGUAUCCCCACUGGACCUAUCGAAGAAUACCCCGGCAUUGCUGCAGGAAAGACCUUCACAUUGGGUGUAAACGAGCCAGAUGUUGAUGACUGUUUCGUUGCAAACACAGAUGCCAGCAGUGUCCCUGUUGACACUCGUUCGUCACCUCUCCAAAAGCUCGUAUCCGCAUAUCACCCAGAGAGCAAGAUUCAUCUCGAGGUUUACUCUACCGAGCCUGCCUUCCAAUUCUACACUGGCAAAUAUAUCGAUGUACCUGCGGUAGAAGACUUGCCCAAGAGAGCCGCUCGCUCAGGCUUCUGUGUCGAGCCUAGUCGAUAUGUCAAUGCCAUCAACGUUCCUGAAUACAGGUCCAUGAUGGUGCUCAAGAAAGGACAGAAGUACGGGGCCAAGAUCGUAUACAGAGGUUGGUCAGCGUAG